AAAAAUCAUCACACCCCAUGCGAGGCGGUCAAGUCGUCGCAUUCACCAAGAUUACUACCUGCAAACACCAUGUCGUCGCAAACAAGUCCGAUGACGAGCACCGAGAAGAUUGAGCACUGGAAUAACAAACUUCACGACGGUCCGAGCCAUGAGACACGAGGCGAAACGGGCAUCGUCCACAACCUGUGCGAUAGCAUAUCGCUCCUACACGAAGAACUACUAACCCACUUUGACCCCGGUGCAAGUCGGCCUUCCAAGUAUCCCAAGGCGCUUUAUCGACUUGUCGAGAGCUGCUAUGCCAAGUUCAGGAUCUGGGCCAGUGACCACAGCGUCAACAAUGGCAAGCUUGACCAGGUCUUGUCCAUGUCGCGCCGGCUUCAAAACUUUACAGUCGAGAUCAUGGCUGCCAUCUGCGUCAUUUUGACCCAAGACCUGGUUCCCAUUCUACGGGGAGACGACAAGGAAGCGCUGCAGUCGGUCGCUGAGCUUGUUUCAAAGUCCAAAGAGGAGGCGGACAGGCACCUCAAAGUAGCCGGAAGCGAUGCUGGCUGCGAUGCUGGCAGUGAGAGCGGGUGCUGCGAGGAAUCAGACGAGACAUGUCCUGCUUCCAUCGAACAGGUGUUGGGCAAUCUUGAGCUACACAUCAAAGACUUGAUGGAUCUCGGACCUGAACUCAAAGACCCCAUUCCUGACGUUAUCGACAAGCAGCACGUUCGCCCGUUCGUCAUCCUGAGCGGGGAGAACGUUUGGUUUUGUGAACAGAUCCAAUUCAGAUACCCAAACAUUGACCCGAGGCUGGUCGAGCCGUGUGGCAAGUUCCUCCGCGACACUUUGAUUCGCCUUCAGAUUAGCAGAGAUCAAGCUGUCACCGAAGACACUACACACAUCCCUGUCCAAGAGCAGCAUGAGGCGUAUGCGCCAAAGCCCGCGGACCCAACUUUCACGGAUUCAGGGAUUGGUACAAGCCUAGGGACUAGUGCCCUUCAGUCGCAGCGUGAAGAGUAUGCGCCAAAGCCCGCGGACCGAGUCCACACGGAUUCAGGGAUUGGCACGAGCCUGGCGACUAGUGUACUUCAGUCGCAGCAGAGUUCGCAGCAUCUCAUACCGGUUCCUGAGAACGUUGCCCGUAGUCAGCGUGGCAGUGGAUUCAAAGCAUCGACUGUAUAUACUUUUUCUUCCAAAGAUGGCACGAUUCGGGCCGAGUUUCCUCUUCAGCCAGACGAUGUGGCUUUUGGAGAUGUCUUUCCCUGCAGAUUGUGCGGAAAACAGAUGAUCAAGACGGAAAGAUUGAGUGUCUGGAAAAAACAUGUCCUCUCCGACCUCCGCCCCUGGAUCUGCUGUCAAGUCUCUUGCCCAUGCAAGCACAAAACAUAUGCCAGCAGGGAGGAUUGGAUCGCCCACAUGACAGAGCAGCACGCGCGGCACCGCGACUGGGACGACAAGACGUGCCCAUUCUGCCGAGAAAGCAUAGCGCAGGGCGGUCGCGACAUGAUUCACCACGUCGAGAUGCACUUGCAGGACAUGGCGCUGACGCUGAAGCCUGGCGAGGAUCCCGGGGAUGAUGUGGACCACAAGGGCGGCAGCCGGGCUGGCAGCAACGAUUCUCAGUCUCGUAGCUCUCCUGCCGACGGCGUACCCGUGAUACAGGUUUCUUUGCCAGACAAGCCCGUUGCAUCCCUCACUCUAGACGACAUCAAAACGCUACCUGCUUACAUGGCUACUGAGGAGAUUGAUGGAUUUUGGCCUUGUCCAUGGCAGGGAGAGGACUUUUGCCAGCAUGAGCCAACGGCAUUCAAGGAGGAGCUCGGCCAAUUCAUCUUUGAGCAUUCCAUAAAAUUUACCUGCAAAGAGCCUGGAUGUUCGCUUGCCCGCCAGCCCUUUUCUUCCCCCGAGGGCUUGCGUAUCCACGAACAAGAGGCGCACGGCAGCAGGAAUCCAAGCCAGAAAGCAGGCAGACACGACCCUACUCGGUUCCUGUGCACCAGCACCGGCUGCGGGCGAUCACGACCGGGGAAUGGCUUUUCAAACAAGUGGGUGCUAGAGAACCACAUCAGGACGAUCCAUGGGAACCUGGAGCUGUAGGAGGUGGAGAGCUUGAUGGGUUGAGGCUGGCCUGCCUGAAUGAAUGUGAAAUAGAUUGAUAUUCAACAAGAGCAAAACAAUGCUAGGUCUGGGGAAAGAGACACAGCUAGUGUAGUUCCUGAGCCUAUUCAAAUUGGCUCAAGAUGAAAAAAUGCACAAACAGCAUCCAUGUCGCCAUGGCCUUUAUCC